UCUGUUGCUGCAGAGCUCAGCUCCAUCCUCCGAUGUAAGGCUAUGUAAUUGGUGAUCAAUGAUAAUCGUUUCUGUGGCUCUGGGAAGUCAAAGAAUCGCGUCAUUUUACGUCAUGUCCCGCUCUCUGACGCUCCUCAUCCUCCUCCUGGCGAUCCAUUCAUCAUCCCUCCAGGGGGUGGCGCUGUGGCGCCGAGGAAACCGAGUGACUUCCAUCAACGCCUGCCAUCAGAAGGAAGCGCCGGACGGAGGACUGAUGGUUCGCUGCAGCGGACUCCGACUGACCCAGGUUCCUGCCGGCCUGUCCAACCACACAACCCGCCUGUUUCUGAAUAGCAACCUGCUCAGCUCUCUGCCGGCGUUCUGCUUCUCGGACCUGUUCCUGCUGGAUGAACUGGACCUCUCCCACAACCAGCUCUCCUCUCUUGAACCCGGGUGUUUCUCCGGCCUGGCAUCGUCUCUCCGGUUCCUGGACCUCUCCUCCAACCUGCUCACCACGUUGGACCCGGCAGUUCUGGGUGGACUGCAGGUCCAAGCCAACCUGAGCCAGAACCCGUGGCACUGUGACUGCAGCAUGCAGGUGUCCAUAUCUCAGCUGGACAUGGACCAGUCCUCUCUGGAGAAAGUCAUCUGUCAGACUUCGGACCUUCCAAACCUCGGAGCUACUGGGCUUCCACUGGUCUUACUGGUGCAGGACUGGGAUCUGUGUGAGUCUGUGAGGAGAACCACCGACUUCCUGACGUUGAUCACUAUGCUCCUCUGGUUCAUCAUGCUCCUUUCCUACCUGAUCCACUACAUCCGUCAUAACAAGGUGGUGGCCCGACGACACAUGGACUACCUGAAGUUCCUGGAGAGCCGAGACCCAUUCAGACCCCGGUGACCCCGAUGACCCCGGAUGACCCCAAGAACGCUUAGCAAACCACCUCAAAGGCUGCUAAAGCUGCAGUUUGCAACUUUUAUAAAAAAUAUUUGUUAAAACUUCCACAAUUUCUUGACUGUCUGAAGAAAUGAACCGCUCCCGUCCAAAAACAACCAAUCAGAGCGAGGAGGAGGGUCUUAGCGCUGUCAAUCAUCCUCAUGUUCUUACAGAGAAGAAAAAGCUUACUGCUACAGGAAAACCAUUUAUUCGUUGUCAUCUGUGGCCAUGCUAACUAGCUUUAGCAUUCAUGCUAACAAGAGCAAAGGGGAAGAGUUGAGAGGUGAUUGACAUCACUAAGACCCGCCUCCUGGCUCUGAUUGGUUGUUUCUUGUUAACAUUGGGCGAAGCCAGAAGAGCUCUAAUUAUUUAACUGUCAUAUACAGCCACAACUUAAAGACAAUUUCAAAAAAUAUGUAAAGAAUGAUUUAUAAAAGUUAUACAUUACAGCUUAAAGCCUGAUUCAAAAUGAUUGUUUCUGAUCCAAAAGCUACGUUCACACAGCAGGCACGUGCAAGCUAUAUCCAAAUUUUUCACGACUGUCUGAACGGCUUAAUUCUGAUCUUUUCAUGGAAAAAACUAUCAGACAUCAGGUGAACAAAAAAAUAUAAGGAUUUUAGGAAAAAAUAAAAUAAAAUUGAAAAUUAGCAUUAAGACUCACUGUGGGAAUUUAGCUAAGUCCAAUCAAGCCAUGACUCCCGCAGAACCUUUCAGAAUCAUAAAACUAUGGGUCAAAGUCUUACCAGUAGUUAAUCCCUAGAAAUUCUGUUUAUUGGACGUUUUUAAAGAACUCCCACAGAACCAGAUGGAGUUUUCCAAGGAGGUUAAUGAUGAUGACAACAAACCUACAACUCUGAAAGUUUUUCCUUGCAUACAUCAUCCUUUCAGAGCUCAGACUGUGAACUGUAUAUGUGCUUUUUCCAUGGUGUUUCCUCCCAGCUCAGUGUUCACAGCCUCCUGACUCAGUCUGCAUCUGUUCCCCUAAUCGAUGUGCUAAAAAUCUCAAAUAAAUCCUGUGACGUCAGUUCAGGUUGGGUUC